GGGUAUGAAAUGGACUGAUGAUACUUCAGAAACCUCCCCAGUUUUUUUCCCUUUUCAGCCUGGAGGUUGCAGAAUAACGACCCCAUUUUGCUCCAGAUAAUCCCAUCUCCCUUGGUUCCAGGGCAGGGAAAUGGCUCAGAUGCUGGUGACCUUCGAGGAGGUGGCUGUGUAUUUCACCCAGGUGCAGGGGGCUCUGCUGGACCCAGGUCAGAGAGCCCUCUACAGGGCCGUCAUGCAGGAGAACUACGAGACGGUGACCUCGCUGGCAGGACUCCACAUUCCCAAACCUGCACUGAUCACCCAGCUGGAAGCAGGGGAAGAGCCGUGGGUCCCAGAUCUCCAGGCCUCCGAGGAAAGGAAGAUCCCAAGAGGCACCAGCACAGCAGGCCAUGACAUCACGAGAGAGAACGUGGAGGUUAAUCCAUGGCAAGAUGAGCCUAAACAAGUAGAAGUGCCGGGAACCUUUCUGAGAAGAUCUGGACAUUUUUCCCCCCAUUGCUCAGAACAGACCAAAGCCUGGAGUAAUUGGCAUGAGUCAGAAAGGAAGCUGGGAAACAGCCUAAGGAAGAAAGUGAAUGAAUCCACUGAAUGUGGGAGAGAAGGCCAGGAUCCCAAGGAAACCACAGCCCAGCAAACAAAUGACAAGAAAAAGAAAUCCUAUCAAUGUUUGUACUGUGAGAAAAGCUUCCGUCUGCGGUCUGGCCUUUACAACCAUCGGAGAAUUCACACGGGAGAGAGACCCUAUCAUUGCUUGACCUGUGGGAAAAACUUCACUCAGUCCUCACACCUCAGAAAUCACAGGAGACUACACACAGGAGAGAGACCCUAUGAAUGCUUGAACUGUGGGAAAGCCUUUACUCAGCGUGCAGGCCUUGUUAGCCAUGAGAGAAUCCACACAGGCGAGCGACCCUAUAGAUGCCUUGAAUGUGGGAAAAGCUUCAAUGGGCUGUUUGGUCUUAUUUAUCACGGGAGAAUCCACACUGGAGAGAGGCCAUGUAAAUGUCUUGAGUGUGGGAAAAGUUUCAGUGCACCAUCAUCCCUUACUGUACAUCAGAGAAUCCACACAGGAGAAAAACCUUAUAAAUGCCUAGACUGUGGGAAACGUUUCAAUCAGCGCUCUGGCCUUCUUAGCCAUAGCAAAAUCCACACUGGAGAGGGACCAUAUAAAUGCCUUGAGUGUGGGAAAAGUUUUGGUGCACCAUCAUCCCUUCUUGUACAUCAGAGAAUCCACACGGGAGAAAAACCUUACAAAUGCCUAGACUGUGAGAAAUGUUUCUGUCAGCAUUCUGGCCUUAUAACUCAUAGGAGAAUCCACACAGGAGAGGGCCCAUAUAAAUGCCCUGAGUGUGGGAAAAGUUUCAGUGCACCAUCAUCCCUUACUGUACAUCAGAGAAUCCACACAGGAGAAAAACCUUACAAAUGCCUGGACUGUGAGAAAAGUUUCAAUCAGCACAAAAGCCUUAUUAGGCAUGGGAGAAUCCAUGCAGGAGAGAAACCCUUUACAUGUCUGAAGUGUGGGAAAAGUUUCAGUGAAAGCUCGAGCCUUUUUAUUCAUGGGAGAAUCCACAUGGAAGAUAACCCUUAUAAAUGCUUGGAUUGUGGGAAAAGCUUCAGUAAUAAUUCAAACCUUGUUAGGCAUGGGAGAAUCCACACAAGAAAAAAAUCCCAUAAAGGGUUGGAUGAAGAGGAGAGUUUCAGGUCUCACUCAUGCGGGGAGACCUGCCCCCAGGGGAACCUGCGGCCCAGCAAGGAACUGAGGAAUAUGGUGGGGUCGGUGAGAGAUCUGAGCUCACAGGUGGCGCACGAGCCGGAGGGGGAGAGGGUGUGCGACAGACACCAGGAAGCUCUGAAGCUCUUCUGCGAGGAGGAUCAGAUGCCCAUCUGCUUGGACCAGAUCCAGAGCCACUUGCAGCGUUUGAGGAAAGAGAGGUGGGAGCUGCUGGGAUUUCAAUCGGCUGAGGAGAAGGCAAGCGAGAAGCUGAUGCGGCAGGUGGAGCUCGAAAGGCAGCGGGUGACAUCUGAGUGUGAGCAGCUCCGCCAGCUCCUGGCCAAAGAAGAGGGCCUGCGGCUGGCCCAGCUGGGCGAGCUGGACAGCAUGAUCACCAGGAGGAAGAAGGAAAGUGUCACCCGCCUGGGGGAGGAGAUUUCACGCCUCAGUGCCCUGAUCGUGGAGCUGGAAGGGAAGUGCCAGCAACCCGCCCCUGAAUUCCUGCAGGGUGUCAGAAGCACCGUGAGCAGGGCUGAGAAGGUGACUUCACAGCAUUUGAUGCUCAUUUCCCAGAAGCUGGGCAGGAGGAGCUGGGCAUUUCCUCGAGGGAGCAGACUGCUGACAGCGCUUGGGGGAUUUGUGGGGACUUACCCUGCCAAAUUUGCCAAUGUAGUGCUGGACCAGGACACGGCAAACCCCAAGCUCAUCCUGUCUGAAGAUGGAAAGGUUGUGAGGAUGGGAGACUAUGCGCAAAGGCUGGUCAGGAACCCCAACAGAUUUGACCUUGAGCCAUGUGUGCUGGGAGAACGGUCUGAGAUGGAGGAACCAUAUAAGAUGUCUCUGAUAAGAUCCAAAGGCAGUGUUUCUGAGAGCCCUGAGCAGGAAAAAUCCCCUAGGAGUCCAGAUGAAUCAGAAGCACAGCAGCAAAACACUCCAGAGGAAAGUAAGUCUGCUCACAGCAUGCAAGGUGUGAGGAAACGCAAAGGUACCAUUGUCCGCCGGAGAACAUUCAUGGGGGAAAGGCCCAACAUCUGCAUUGAGUGUGGGAAAAGCUUCCUUCAGAGUUCAGACCUUAUUAAUCAUCGGCGAAUCCACACAGGGGAGAAGCCCUAUAAAUGCAUUGACUGUGGGAAAAGCUUCAGCGUCAGCUCAAACCUCAUCCGGCACCAGAGAACCCACACAGGGGAGAAACCCUACAACUGCCCUGACUGUGGGAAAAACUUCACGGACAAGUCGACCCUGACUCAACACCAGCGCGUCCACACGGGUGAGAAGCCCUACAUGUGCAUCGACUGCGGGAAGAGCUUUAGCCGCAGCUCCCACCACAAGAGACAUCUGAGGAGCCCUCCAGGGAAGAGGCAAGGUAAAUGCACCCACCGGGAAAGCACUGCUGUUGGGAAGGUGAAAGAAACCAAAGCAUCAAAGAAGAGAACCUCAGCCAUCGAGAUCCCCAACACAUGCGCCGAGUGCUGGCAGAGCUUUAGCCAGAACUCGGACCUGGUCAAACACAUGCGGAUCCACACGGGCGAGAAACCCUAUAUAUGUGCUUAUUGCGGGAAAAGCUUUAGUCACAGCUCCCACCACAAGAGACAUGAGAAAAUCCAUAAAGGAAGGAAUUCGGUGUCCUUCCUGCCAUUAUGGCCCUACCCCACUCAGACAUUCCCAGACAGCCUGGCCUCUGGAUCAGGGAGGGAUCGCUGGCAGAAAGGUACAUGCCCAGAGAGUAGGCAGGCCACUUGGGACAGUUCUGCUUUUCUAGGAUUUCUAUCCCAUGCCAUACUCAGAACAAAACCAGAAAUAGUUUUCCCCCAGUGUAGGACAGGGGAUGCAGUGCAUUGGCAUGAUUUCAUGUCCAAGGUCAUGCUGGGAGGAACAGGCUCAGGCCUUGCCCAGAGGUACUGGAAGAUCCCCUAUUCUGGGAACAGCUGGCACUGGGGUGCAGGUGAGCGUGAAGAGCCGAAACGUUAUCCAGCGGAAGCCAAGACGCUGAAGAUGUCACCCAGAAAGUCCAAGAGGAACAUGAACUCGAGUCCUGAGCAGGACAAACCUGGUGAGAGCCAACGUAGGCCAGAGGAGCCGGAGCCUGAGCCAGAGUCUGUGGAGAAGAGGCCAGUGAAACUCCUCCAAGGAAUUAAGAAGCGAAAGGACUUUGUAGUGCACCAAGGAACCCAGACAGAGGAGAGCCCCAACAUCUGCAUCGAGUGUGGGAAAAGCUUUACCCAGAACAGUAGCCUGAUCAACCACCGCAGAACCCACACAGACGAAAAGCCCUACAAGUGCCCCGACUGUGGGAAAUGCUUUGGCGUCAGCUCCAGCCUCAGCCGCCACCAGCGCAUCCACACUGGGGAGAAACCUUAUGCCUGCCCCGACUGCGGAAAGAGCUUCAGCGACAAGUCCAACCUGACCCAGCACCAGCGCGUCCACACUGGUGAGAAGCCCUACAAGUGCAUUGACUGCGGGAAGAGCUUCAGCCGCAGCUCCCACCGGAAGAAACACUUGCGGCACCUAUUGGGCAAGAGGCCAGGCAAGUGCUCAUCACCGCAGCAGCGUGAGGGCACUGGGGGGAAGGCCAAGGCCAGGAGGAAGGUGGAGGUGCUGAACACGUGCACCGAGUGCUGGCAGACCUUCAGCCAGAAUGCCGAUCUCAUCAAGCACAUGCGGAUCCACACGGGCGAGAAGCCCUUCAAAUGUACCGAUUGUGGGAAGAGCUUCAGCGUCAGCUCCAACCUCUUCCGGCACCAGCGCAUCCACACUGGGGAGAAACCCUACACAUGCUCUGACUGCGGGAAGAGCUUCACAGACAAGUCCACCUUGACCCAGCACCAGCGCAUCCACACGGGCGAGAAGCCCUACAUCUGCACCUUCUGUGGGAAGGGCUUCAGCCACAGCUCCCACCACAAGAGACACGAGAAAAUCCACAAGGGUGAGAACCCUCUACUGACCUUCCCUUCCCAGACUUUCUGAUCAGCCCCAUGUUCGAGAACCCUGCAGGGAUCAGUGUGGGCCCCACUCGGGGGAGCUGCCUGCAUGGCGAGGAUUUGUCUUCUGGAGAUUAGGAACUGCCACAGAGAUUUCAUAGAUGCUCAGAACAGAAGGGGCCAUUAGAUCAUCUAGUCUGACUUCCUGUGCAUCACAUGCCUGAGAAUCUCACCCAGCAUCCAGCCCAGUAACUUGUGGUUGAGUGAGAAAAUGUGUCUUAGAAAGAGGCAUCCAAACUCAGUUUAGAGGCUCCAAGUGAUGGAGACCCUACCACAGCCUUUGGGAUCCAUUCCCGGGGUUCACUACAAUCCUGUAAAAUCCUAUCUCUUAUUUGCUGUUUGAACACUGCUGACCUCAUCUCCCAGCCCCUGGACUGUGGUCUGCUAGAGCAAAGAGCCCUUUGGUGUCAGCAGUAUGAUCUUCGUGUAGGUACCACGAGACUGUGCUCAGAUCACCUCUCUAUCUACCCUUCUAUAGCUCGAGCUCCCUGAGUUUCCUCUCGCUGUAAGGCAUGUUACAGGUCAUUCUGUGUAGCCCUUCUCUGAACCCUCUCCAGUUUCACAAUAGCCUUUUUAAAGUGUGGACAUCGGAACUGGACCCAGCAUCCAGAGUGGUCUCUCUUCCAUAGGAUCAGAGCAAUUGUUCUGCUACCACCAUCACCUGUCUCCAAAAGUGGCUAUUACCCCUCCUUGAAGGAAGGUGUAAAACUCCCCUAAUGAAAUGUUUUCCAGUAGCCUACUCAUAGGGGGACAUGCUGCAUCUACCCGGGAAAUGAGUAGUUGGCUUCUACUCUUCACAUAAGCAUUUCUUAUAAAAGUUCCCCCUAGCCAUUGUAACUACUAGGCUGAUAUUUCUGUCGUUCACAUCAGUGUCUAAUGUCAGUGUUACUGUUGGCCUCCACGCAUCUUAUGGCGGAGAUUUGCACAGGUUACAGGGUGUCCCAUUAUACAUCCAUUUCACACUAAAAUAGUUAACGUUUGUAGGAACUGAUGCAUUAUAAGUCCUCCCAUUCCUCACUAUAACUUGCACAAAAAAACCCCAAGCCCAAUUUACUUAAAUAGAAGUCAGCCGUGGGAAAAAAAAUUACUCGCUUUAAGUUGUUUCACUAUAAGUCCAAGUUUUUUUGGGACAUAGCUUGGACUUAUAGCGAGGACAGCCUGUAUUUAUGCAGUGUGUAGCAUAGCAUGUCUGUCGGUUUUACAUUUUCUGUCUCUCAAUUUCACUGACUGUUCCCUUGCUUUUGUAUGAAGAGAGAGGGCAAAUAAGAGCAUUUUCUAUAUACCAUUCAUCUCUUCUCUGCUGCAGUUCCAGUCUUUUCAGUCUCUUGUCCUACAAAAAGUCUCUUCCAGGCCUGUAAUUAUUCUUGUUACCCAUCUCGGAAUACCUUCCAUUUCUCCUGUAGCCUCUUUGAGAUGGGGUGACCAGAACUGCACACAUCACUAAUUUAUAUAGUGGCAUUAAAAUAUUCUCAGUAUUAUUUUCUGUCCAACUGUUUAUAUGUCUUCUGUGUGCGUGUUUCUUUGUUAGCCCCGGCUGCAUAUUGCUCAGAGAUUUUCAUUCACCAAGACUUGUAGGUCUUUCUUCACAGAUGUUGUUCCUUUUCAUUGGCCAUGUACUGCCAUUCCUUUUUAAGCAGCACUUCCUUAUCAAAUGAAUGGAGAUAUCUCUUAUCUUUCAAUAGUAGGGUUUUUAUAGCACCCAUCACUGUAGUAUCUAAGCACUUCCUAGCUAAACUGAAUCUUAAUUAAAAAUGAAGGCAUGCUGUUGUCCAGUGCAUUACCUCACCCUUAUCUGCACUGAAUUCCCUCUGCCUGUCACAUUGCCCCAGCUUCGCUAGAUCCCUCUGUAGUUACUCAUCCUCCUUUGUAUGAGACUAGCCUAAAAUAAUUGUCAUCUGCAACUGUUGCCACAUCACUGCUCCCCUUCUUCAUUAGAUCAGUAAUAAAUAAAUUAAAUACAAGCCCUAAAUCUGAACCACAGGGUGCCCUACCUGUCAGCUUCAUCACCUCUCUCAUUUCCUCUUUGCUGCCUCAGCCUCCCUCCGUGCCUUGUUGUGACCCACCGCUCCCCUUCACAGCCUUCUUAAUCCCUCUCCUUCCCUGGGAGCCAGGGAGUAGGGCUGUAGGAGCUGUCAGCAUGCUCAGUUUGCAUUACAGUCCAGCCUAGGGUCCCUAAUGGAGACCAGGGCCCCACUGAGCAGGGCCUGCCCCAAAGAGCUCACAGGCUAUGUGGACAAGACAGACAAAGUGUGAUUGGUGGGAGCAGGACAGAGGGCAGGUCUACACUUAAAAUGCUGCAGCAGUUUCAGUGAAGACACUACUACUAGGCCAAUGGGCAAGCUUCUCCCAUUGGAGUAAUUAAUCCACCUCUGCAAGAAGUGGUAGGUAACAGCAGGAGUUAGUGAUAGAAAUGUAGCCGUGUUAGUCUGGUGUAGCUGAAGCAAAAUGCAGGACAAUGUAGCACUUUAAAGACUAACAAGAUGGUUUAUUAGAU